AUGGCGACACAAGCAGCUCCAGCCAAGAGGCAACAAGACCUCCAAGUUCAGUACAGCACUUACAAGAACACCCUGCAGCAAAUUGCGCAGAAAAUCGGUGAUGUCGAGCAAGAAGCUGAAGAACACAAACUUGUUCUCGAAACUUUGCAACCACUCCCAGAGGAUCGCAAGUGCUUUCGCAUGAUCAACGGAGUGCUGGUGGAACGGACCGUCAAGGAUGUGAUCCCUGCGCUGCAAACAAACGCGGAGGGGUUGAAGAAGGUAUUGGACGACUUGGUCAAGCAGUACAAGACCAAACAAGAUGAGCUAGAGAAGUGGAAGAAAAAGAACAACGUCCAAGUGGUACAGUCAUGA